UCUACUUGGAAUAACGGGGGAGAUUCAGAUUAGCAAGGCAAGAAAGAAAACAUGAUGCUGCAGAAAGUUGCCAGCAAUGCAUAUUCCUGGUGGUGGUCUAGCCAUAUCAGAACAAAGCAAUCCAAGUGGCUUGAACAGAAUCUUCACGAUGUGGAGGAGAAAGUCUCUGGCAUGCUUGAAAUCAUUGAUGAUGAUGGAGAUUCCUUUGUACAAAAGGUAAAUAUGUAUUAUAGAAGGAGACCGGAGCUUUUAAUCAUUCUUGAAGACACUUAUCGAGCUUAUCGAGCAUUAGCCGAGAGGUAUGAUCUCUUAUCAAGGGAUCUACAAAGUGCCAAUCGCACCAUUGCCACUGUGUUUCCCGAUCAAGUUCCAUAUUCCAUUCAUGAUGAAGAUGACGAAAACAGUUGCUUCGCAUCGAGUUCUUCGAGGCCGGAUACACUGGAGCCAUCAAAACCGGGAUUGAGAGCUACGAUUCCGAAGAAAGAUUUUCGGAGCCAGUCGAUGUUGGUGUUGAGAAAGGGACAGUUAAAGAAGGCUAUUAGUCUGGCUCAAGCUGGUUUGUGUCCGAAUUCGGGGUUGAGCAAAGAGGAGGCAUUGGAAGAAAUAAACAAACUUCAAAAGGAGAUUUUAGAAAUGCAAACUGAAUGGGAGUUUGUGAAGAACUCAUAUGAGCAAGGGUAUAAGAGAUUAUGUGACAUCGAAAAUGGCAUAACCGAAAAGCAAAAGAGGAUAUACUGUUUGCAGGAUGAGUAUGAUAUCGGAUCCGCUAUCGAUGAUAACGAAGCUCGGCUUCUAAUGGCAAAUCGAGUUCUUAAAUCUUGCCAAGAGUCGUUGGUUAAGUUGCAAGAAACACAUGAGCAAUCAACUGAAGAAGGAAGAGUUGAAUCCAAAAGGAUUAAGAAAGUAAAUGAUGCUUUUGAAGCUCUUAGGAGGAAGUUUAAUUGCCCACCAAUAAAUCAGAAGGAGGAGCUAAAAACGGUGAGUUUGUCCACGGAUGUCAAUAAAAUGGUCUACGAAUUCGAGAGCUGUGAAAAGGGGAGACAGUAUAUGGAAUCGUUGCAAAAGGAGAUUGAAGAGAAGCUCGAAUUAAGCUCGAGUGUCUCUCUUACAAUGUCACAGCUUGCCGAAAAAAUCGAUGACCUCAUACAAAGAGUUGUUAAUCUCGAAAAUGCGGUCUUUUCCGAGACUGCUUCAGUAAAGAGAUUGAAAUCAGAUGCUGAUGACCUUCAAAAAUUCGUCAAGAGCCUCGAAGAAGAUGAGUUAGCGCUGGUUGGAGACUCAGACAGCGCAGAACAUAGGAUUGGUGCCUUGGAGGGGGAAUUAAGUAGAGUUAAAAAUCUUUUAAGAACUAUUAUAGACCAAAAUAACAGCCUCAAGGCUCAUUUCACUGAAGCAAGCUGUAAAAUCAAUCAUUUAUCAGUGAAUUUACAUGCCGUGAAGAUGGAUGAGGAGGUCGACAAUAUGGAUCUCUCCAAAGAAGGAAAAACCGAGGUGGAUGCCAAACCUGAUAGUAAAAUUGAAGGACAUUGUAUUGAGUCAGUUCCUGGUAAUAGUUCAGCCUUAAAAGACGCCGAGAUCGACAUGGAAGGGAAGGAUGGAGAUGACUCUGCUAAAGGAAGAAACGACGUCGAUUUGGAAUCAGUCAAUAAGAUUGAUGCUGAUUCGGAAAAGGGUACGGAACAGAUGGAUGAAUACAAAGCCGAGAAGAAAUUCUUGUCCGAAACAGCAAGCACAAGCAGUACCAUUGAUACCGAGAAUCUGGAAUUAGAGACCGAUGAAGAAGAGGAGCUGCAAAACUGGAGGAAGCUGUACAAGAGUGAAUCGGAUGAGAGGGAAAAGGUUUUACUAGAUGAGUACUCUUCGGUUCAUCGGAAUUAUAAGGAUGUAAGAAAGAAGCUUAAAGAAGUAGAUCAGAAAAACCGGGAUGGUUACUGCGAAUUGGCAUCCGAGAUCAGAGAACUGAAGAAUGCUCUCGCUAUCAGAGAUGAUGAGAUUCAAUUGUUACGCCAAAAGUCGAACUUUAUCGAUGAAAAUAAGGACGGUAACUUAACAAAAUAUGAAGCAUCCAUUACCAUGAUUAGCCCGGAAUCUACAUUGUCAGAUUUCAUUCAGAUAUCACCAGUAGCAGCAGAUGAAGGGAAAGGCGAAUCCAUUGAGAAAGGGACUGAAAAAACAAGAAUAAGAUCUUUAACUCGAUCCCGUUCUUUCUUAACCCCAGAAGGUAAAAUCCGAUCGGAUAUCGAUGAAUUGCUCGAAGACAACCUAGCGUUUUGGUUGAGGUUCAGCACAUCUUUUCAUCAGAUACAGAAAUAUCAAACUUCAGUGCAGGACUUGAAAAGUGAGUUAUUAACAUUGAGAGAAAGAAAGAAGCAAGAACAUAAUGGAAAAGAGGGACCUAUGGGAUCGGAAGCACGCCCCAUUUAUGCUCAUUUACGAGAAAUAAAAGCUGAACUGACGUUAUGGUUGGAAAGCAAUGCAGUGUUGAAAGACGAAGUGCAGGGUCGAUAUUCUUCCCUGUGCAACAUCGAAGAAGAGGUAUCAAGGAUGAGCAAUGCAAUUGGCCAUGAAGGUGAGCCUGAGCUCAACGGGUAUCAGGCUGCAAAGUUUGAAGGAGAGAUUCUAAGCAUGAAACAGGAAAACAUCAGGGUUUCGGACGAGUUGAAAGGAGGCUUCCACCGCAUGCAACAACUCAAGGAGGAAAUAGAGAGUAUAAUGGCCAACUUGGAGAAUGAAAUCGAAGCUGCCUCGGCAUCAAGGCAACAACAACAAUCUGGAACGGGAUCACGGCAUAGAAUCCCUCUCCGUUCGUUCUUGUUCGGAACCAAGUUAAGGAAGCAAAAGGCCUCGUCGAUGUUCAUGUGCGGGCAGCCGCAAUUUCAGAGACAACACAGUUACCUUGCAGAUCCUACUGAGCCUUCGUAA